UUACACUUUUGUUCUUCAUACGCCUAUCAUCAUGAGGUUUUCGAACAACCUUGCUGUUACAAUAGCUCCAGUUCUUUCUUCGCGAGCUGUGCCUGUCAAUGCGGAUAGCACUAGCACCGCUGAUGACACUGAUGGCUUCACUUAAGAAGGGAUCAACCCCUAACAAUAAGCAGACCAAGUUGCCCCCACAGGCCGACACGCCUUCAGGUAGCAUAGUCGUGGUGGAUGAUUCAUCACCCGCGCUUAUGGCUAGCUUGCGGGGCGGCACGCUGUACAGCGCGGCGCGGGACAAGAACAGCAAGCUGCACGACCUAGGGUCAACCGGGUUCCUAGAUUUACGUUCAUCCACGCCUCAUCGCAUCAGUAAGUUUGACUUCCUGUUCGCUAAUAUAACUGGAUCCUCCGAUGGCGGCACUACAUUCAACCCUAUAGACACCAAACGGAGUCUUAUCUAAGUGUAGAAUGUAUGCGCCCAUAGGCUCAAUCAUGACUUCGUUGCCAAAAACAAUGGGCUUUUUGACGUGCCUAGAGAGUGCCGAGAGUGCCGAGGGUAAGAGUUGCUGCUAUAGACUCUACUUUAUAGUAGGCUACUCGGGAGAAUAGUGGGACAGC